UCCGCCGGAGGGAGCCGCCGCCGCCGCCAGCCUCAGCGCCCGGCCCUGCCCCAUGGCUUCCCCGGCGGCGGCGGGGCCCAGCAGCGCGCUGCCCCCGGGCCCGGCGCGCCGUGACUUCUACUGGCUACGCUCCUUCAUCGCCGGAGGUGUUGCAGGAUGUUGUGCCAAAACAACUACUGCACCACUGGAUCGUGUAAAGAUUUUGCUGCAAGCUCAUAACCACCAUUACAAACAUCUAGGAGUGUUUUCCACAUUGUGUGCGGUCCCCAAAAAGGAAGGUUACCUUGGGCUCUAUAAAGGAAACGGGGCAAUGAUGAUUAGAAUCUUUCCAUAUGGCGCAAUUCAGUUUAUGGCAUUUGACCAAUAUAAAAAGGUAAUAAAGAAGCAACUUGGGAUUUCAGGGCAUGUGCAUCGACUAAUGGCUGGAUCCAUGGCAGGUAUUACAGCAGUGAUUUGUACUUACCCUCUUGAUAUGGUUAGAGUUCGUCUGGCCUUCCAAGUAAAAGGGGAACACAAGUACAUGGGAAUUAUCCAUACAUUCAAGAUGAUUUACACAAAGGAAGGUGGUUUUAGUGGGUUCUACAGAGGGCUGAUGCCAACUGUUGUAGGAAUGGCGCCAUACGCGGGUUUUUCAUUUUUUACCUUUGGUACCUUAAAGAGCAUUGGACUUGCUCAAGCACCUAACUUGCUUGGACGGCCUUCAUUAGAUAACCCAGAUGUCUUAGUUUUGAAAACACAUGUAAAUCUGCUGUGUGGUGGCAUAGCUGGAGCAAUAGCUCAGACGAUAUCAUACCCCCUCGAUGUAACUCGUAGGCGAAUGCAGUUAGGAGCAGUUCUCCCAGACUCUGAAAAGUGCCUUACGAUGGUGCAGACCCUGAAAUAUGUGUAUCAACAACAUGGGAUACGAAGAGGAUUAUACCGUGGUUUAUCUCUGAAUUAUAUUCGCUGUAUUCCUUCCCAGGCUGUGGCUUUUACCACAUAUGAACUUAUGAAACAACUCUUGCACCUCAACUAAUUUUUUCUUAAAAGAUUUCCUGUAAAACUACACUAUCAGUCUUCAAGUUUUGUCGGUUGAGUUAAUUACUUGAAAUUGAAGAAAAAAGCUGUCUGCUACUGUGGAACUGCUCAUGUCUGAAAUUUUUAUUUGCCAAAAUGUGGUUAAUUUCCUGGAGUCAAACCAAGAGACAGAUCAAAAAAAACAGUAGUUACUUAUGAACACUUUUAUUUGCACUCACUCUUCUAGGCUUCACUAGAGUAAUGUUAAGCUCUACAGUUUUAAAAUUACACCCAUGAUGUGUACGGGUUUCAAGGUGUUGGUUACUUAGCUUUAUCACCAUUGUAGGAGUUACACACGUGGUUAUAUUCUUUAUCAAGGUAGUAGUUGGACAUCUGUUCACCUUUAAAAAUUAAAUUGAAUAAACUGACUUGAACAAAAUUCGGAUCUCCAUAUCUGAAUAUUUGCCAGUUCUGUAAAAGCUGAACUCAGCAGACUACAAGCUAAACAUCUUUUCAUGCUUAUUUUUGGACAAAUUUUCUGUAUGCACAAACCAAUGCAUAAAUCUUCAGAUGGGUACAUACGGAAGCCUCUUCAACCAUAUCAAUAAAAAAAUGACAAGAUGUAACCAGUUUCUUGGCAUACAUUCUGUUCUAAAAAAAAUGCUGUAUCUACACAGAUAAAGCCAGGGAGAACUUUUACAGUCAGAAGUGCUAGAAAAGAUCUCAUUAACGUAGUUAGUGUGGGUCUAAUCUUACCAGGCAUUUCUGGACCUUUUUUGUGGAGCUGAAUGUUCUUGAUUCAGUUCAGUGAAGGCUGAGAAUUUUAUGUACCUUCCAGCACUAGCUCAUGUAAACAGGUUUGUCCCUUCCUUAAGACAUGGUGACAAAUAAGACUGCAUGCUGCUGCAUUUACUUAGGCAUAUGGACCAUAGUCAGCCUCCUGAGCAAGAACAGAAAAUGAAGAUUGUGUUUGAGUCUAUUCAUGUGUGUAUGUGCUGUUUCUAAAGUAUGAUAUGCAGUAGACUUACAUGUUUCCCUCUAUACUUCCAUCUGUAGAGCAGAUUAUUUUCCAGCCUUGUUUAUACAUGAUUUGCUUUGGUACUCUUGAUUUUACUCACUUGAUUCAGGAAACUGUAAAACCUUUACUUUAAGCAAUGUAAGUUAUUUAUUUAUUGUAAAUAUUUUAGCAGUGGCUUUUAAGAACUGGUAAUGGUUAUGUUAAGUGGUGGAUGGCAAGAUCAAUUUGCUUAAUAUUGACAAAUUUGAUAAGCUGGAUUUUGAGUUAUAUAUUCAAUAUCAACUUUUGUGGAUCAAUUUUUUUCCCAGUUUCUUAAAUUUAUGUAUUUCUUUGAUAUUUAACAAUGUAGCUAUGGACAGAGGAUGAGAUGCAUUGGAAUUUUAUUUUAUUAAAAAUUUUAAACUAA